AUGGCCGAGUUUGAGGAGCCUCAGCCUUCUAUUAGGAAGCAUAGAAUCCCAUUUCAGGUCAAAAGUGUUGCCUUAAACUUCCGAGACAUCGCCAUUACGAUCGAAACUGGUGGAGUGUCAAUCACUGGUCUCGCAUUGGCCAAGGCUACGGGCUUCACAACCAUCAUCACACCCUCUUCCGACGAGAAGCUCGAGCACGUAAAGGCGAAGUACGAAGUUAAGUACACUAUCAACUACAAGAGCCCCAAAUGGGUAAGUGAGGCCCAGAAGAUUCCCGGAGGGCAGGGUGUUGACUACAUUUUAGAGAACGGCGGCUUCGGAACUAUCAAGCAAUCGCUCGAGGCAAUUGUUUUCGGUCGUGUUAUUUCAGUCAUCGGCUUUCUCUCGUCUAGGACUCAAGACAACAUGCCUGAUGUCGCUUCGCUUGCUCUCUCCAAGGCUGCUGUUGUUUGA